UAUAAACCAAACACCCCUCCCUCCUCAACCUCUCCAAUCCCAUCCUCGUCCCCACCUAGGCAUCUCCCUCUUCCCUGUCCUAGAGAUAGAGAGAGAGAAAGAGAGAGGGGCCGCAUUGUCCUAGAGAGAGAAAGGCCGCAAGGUGUGCGGAGUUCGUGACGGACCCAACUCCCCAGAAGGGUAAAAUUCCAGGGAGGGGGAGGGGGAGGGGGAGAGGGGGAUGGAUGUGAGGAAGAUAGCGGUGGUGGUGGAGGACGCGGAGGCGGCGAGGACGGCGCUCGGGUGGGCCCUCCGCAACCUGCUCCGCUGCGGCGACGUGAUCACCCUCCUCCACGUCUACUCCGCCGCCGCCGGCGGCUCCAGGAGCAGGAAGAAGCUGCGGCUCCUCCGCCUCCGGGGCUACCAGCUGGCCCUCUCCUUCAAGGACAUCUGCAGCAGCUUCCCCAACACCAAUAUAGAGAUUGUGGUCGCGGAGGGCGACCAGGAGGGCGCGAAGAUCGCGUCGCUGGUGAGGGAGAUGGGCGCGUCGGCCCUCGUCGUCGGGCUCCACGACCGGAGCUUCCUCUACAAGUUGGCCAUGACCCACGACGACAUUGCGAGCAACUUCAACUGCAGAGUCCUAGCCAUCAGGCAACCACCUUCUUCCCCGUUCAGCAGCACCAAGACUCAUGUGAUUACGACGGACGCUUCAUCGAUCAACUUGGACUUUUCCCAGGUCGAUAUGACCCCGUUGGACCUACCUGAUAUUCAUCCGCCUAAAAUCCCUUACCGGUUAUGCCCAAAUCCCUCGGCCAUCAUCUGGAGAUCGAGGAAACCGAGGAGAAGACGAGGCGGUUCUUCAAGAUGACCCUAUCAAAGCUGGUCGAACCCAUUUACACACAGUUCUCUCUAUCUCUCUCUUUGUCCCCUUCCUCAUUGGAGAGCUGGAUGGACUGGCAUUUAGUUCUGGUCCAUGGCAUGAUCCUUCUCUCAUCAACUCACUCUCACAGAUGAUACAACACCCUCAGAUUACAGAAGACUGAAAAUAGAUGAAGAUUGACAACACACCCUUACUGUUUUGAUUGAUUAGCUCAUCUCACUUUCCUACUCUUCUCU